UAUAAUGUUAUGGUGGCCUUAUUAUGUUAUGAUGUUAUGAUGGCAUUAUUACAUUCUUGUCGAAAAUGGUCAAGGCAACGGUAGAAAUCAUGGCUUGUUUUGUUGACUAAAUACUGAAUAAGUCUCAACUCUCAAGUGUGACUGUCAACUCGUUAUUCUGAUCAAUUGAUGAAUUCAACUAAAGUUUCACUAGCACGAGAAAUGUUGAGCUAUACAAAAGUUUAGCCAUUUUUAAUGUUUACGACCACAAAGCGCUAAGUCCCGCCAUAAAACGUAUCAAAUAUCUGGCAAAGUAAUUCUGACGCUCUGUUAGAGACCCGAGGACUGAUUCGUGCUUCUAUUCUACUGGAAGCUCUAGUCCGUGUCACACAGACCUCUAUUGUCACUUCCUUUCUCGCAAAGUCACUGACGCGUUCCGUGAAUGGAGUAAGGCUCGAGUGUGAAUAGCCUUCACACAAUGUGUGUUUAAAUUAGUUGACACAGAAUGACAUAAUUAUAUUUUCUUUAUCGGAUUGUACUGCAUAGGUAAUGACGCGGUUGGUUCCUUUGAGGUGGAUGGUUUCUUUACAUGAACUUAACAACUCAGUUGAUAGAUUAUUCAACCUCCGAGUGUUUGGUUUUGAGUGUUCCUUUACUUGCUGAAUUAAUUGAUUCCUUUACUUCUGAGCUGUCUGAUUCCUUUACUUCUGAGCUGUCUGAUUCCUUUACUUCUGAGCUGGCUGAUUCCUUUACUUCUGAGCUGGCUGAUUCUUUUACUUCGAGCUGUCUGAUUCCUUUACUUCUGAGCUGUCUGAUUCCUUUACUUUUGAGCUGUCUGAUUCCUUUACUUCGAGCUGUCUGAUUCAUUUACUUCUGAGCUGUCUGAUUCCUUUACUUCUGAGCUGUCUGAUUCCUUUACUUCUGAGCUGUCUGAUUCUUUUACUUCCUUCGACACUUGAAAUGCGUAGGACGUAAGUAUUUUUUUUUAAAGCAACGUCUGCUAUAAAUAAAAUAAGCUGGCUGAAUCUUUUACUUCUGAGCUGACGGAUUCCUUUACUUGUAAGAGGGUUAGGGUUAGGGCAAUGCUCUUGAGCCGACGCUUGUGGUGCGCACUAACGCCUAGUUCCGCAUGGAAUAUGGACGUAAUGGGGAGAUAACAAGGAGAGACUGUUGAUUCCGGACGGGCUGUACUUCAUCUCAACUCCGGCCUUCUACGUCAUAUUCUCUGGCGACCUUGACUUUAACUACACAAUUCCAGGAAACGUGUCGUUACCUCACGCAUUUAUCAGACUAGAGUUGAACAAACCAAAUGAAAGCCCACACAUCAUCACCGCCCUUGGCUUAAGGCUCGGAAGGAAAACUGAAACUUUGCGUGUCACGUGCGGGGUCAUCGAGUUCGCGGGAAAGUACACACUGAAGAUGUAUACACGUGUCAAUGGGGAUGUCCUCACCCAGUCGGACCUGGACGUCAGGUGGCCUGAGGUUACCAUGUCACUUCCAGAUACACAUGAGGCUCAGACCCAGUCCGUGGAACUGAGGGUGCUGUCCAAAGCAAACUGCUCAUCCCUCUUGCACCGACACUAUCUGAGCAUCCACCUUUACUUCCAGAGAUCCGCCCCAAGAGAUUCGGUUUUGGACCUUAGCCAGGCGCAGAUUGUCCACUCAGUGAAUUUCACGCAGGUCAACAAAACAUACUCGGCACUCAAGCUUGGGUGUCAUUUAUUUGACCUUGACGGAUACUACCAAGCUGUCCUAGUGUCCAGCGCAUCAAACGCCCCCGUUGUAUCGUACAGCAACAUCAUGUACGCUACUUGGAGUGAGGGUUAUGUGUUGGGCUCAAGAAGCUCCAGUGCUUUCCCUUGUGAAGGAGCACUAACUCUAUUCUAUGCUCACCCACCUUGCUCGGGAAUGGACAAAAUUCGUCUCCAUUCCUAUCAACUUAUGUCCCAAGGAAGUUUAGCGUCACCCCUGGAGCGCACUUACGUGACAGAGAUGGUAGCACAUCCAGACCUAUCUAAAGUGACAUUUGAUUGUGGAUUAUUUAACCAGACAUCCAGUGGGUUCUGCUUCACUUACGUGAGUGUCACACGAGCUACUGUUGUGACUGAACAAAAACACUUCUGUAUUCCUGCAUACCCAAACUCAGUAUUUCCAAUAGAUGGUGGCUGGAGUCAGUGGACAACUUGGACAUCUUGUUCUGUAACCUGUGGCUCUGGAAGAAAAAGUCGUUUUAGAAUCUGCAAUGAGCCCACCCCAAAACAUGGUGGUAGAUUCUGUUCUGGUGACCCAGUGGAGUGGAUGCCAUGUGAAGUUCAUUGUCCAGAUGCUAUACCAAGGACACCUCUUCACUCUCCAAGAUUUGACCCGAACUGUUCUUGUGGAUGUAUUAAAACACAUCCAAAAGAUCAAAUCAUAGCCACUGGACGUUGUCAUGGCUUCUCAGUGUGGAUUCUCAAGUCAGAACCUGGAUUUUAUUUCACUUUAAAAUUUGACUAUUUCAGCCUGAACUUCACUCGCCAGUGGGUGAGGAUCAGAGAUGGGGAAUCUCCAUCAGACAUUCUUCUUUUCUCCUCCUCUACAACUGGAUAUCCUUUAGAAAUAAUAAGCUCAGGUCCAGCCAUGAGAGUUGAGUUUAUGACUAUCUUUGCCAAGCCAACCACAGUUACCACAUUCUCGACUGUAGCCACCUUGCCCAUCCAUGUCCAUGGGUUUAUAGCAACAUACUCAGUGGAAGCCACACUCCUCACCUCUACAGUCCCAGCUUUGUUCCAAUAUGAAAAAGAAACCAUCAUGGGUAACAUCAUCACCAUUGUUGGCAUUUCUGUUUGUGUAGUUGUCGUUGUUGUGGCCUUCAUUUUUGUCAUCAUUCAGCGCACCAUCAUUCGUCGCCGCAUCAAAUACUCAGUAGCCAUGUCUGUGGACAGUCCUGUGCACCACCACCCCUCUGAUCACCAGGUGUCCAGUGGAGUCAGCAGCAGUCCUAGCAGCCCAGCUAUUAAUGUGGGCAUGGAUGUGCCACUGACUAACAAACACAAGCAGAGUAAUGGAGGGAAGACGUCGAGGGCAUCUAGUACAUCAAGCUCCAAGAGCUCAAAACUAAAACCUGCCAAAGUAAAAAAUGAAGGCACAUCUCCUGCUGAUGUCUUGACCAGUCCUUAUGGCAUUGAAAUCAUAGACAUUGAUGAACAAUCAGAUGUUAGAAAUAAUAGCCCUGUCAGGGGUAAAGUGCUGAAAGCAGCAAGUGCAUCUGCCUGUCACAAGAAUGCUCCAGUAUCUCCCCUCUCCCCAGUGACUAAACUGGAUAUGCUCAACAAGAAACGCCUUGAGAAGAGAGGUACUGGAGUCAAUGCCAAUAUGGACAGAGACAUCACAGGAUCAUCAGGCUCUCAAAAGUCUGGAACACCAUCAACCACUAAAGCAGAGGUCAACUGGCCCCAGCAUGAGUUUGCCAAAUCCACUCUGGUAGAUUCCAUAAGAACUUCAAGUGACAGGCACAAACGUUCAGGGGUUCGACCUCCAUCAGAGGAGAUCCCACUUUUAGACUCUAUGACAUCCAGCUUGGAAUCUCCCUCUCACUUUAAUUUUAACAAUAUGGUGAAAAGUGAGUCAACAGAAUCGGCUACAACUUCCUUUGUCCGUCCUCUUCCCCCUAAAGUAAGGAGACCCACUUCCUUGACAGAAUCUUAUUCAAGUGAUUCAAAAUCAAAAGCUGAGCCUGAGGCAGCUACUGCUGCUGUGAUUUCUACAUUGACAGAAGGUCUUCCUCCUCAAGAACCUGAUUCUAAAUCAAGGCAGCUACCAACUGUGGUAGCACCUUUAACCACCACAAAAACAAAAACUCAUCCAUCCUCUGUUUCAUCAAGCACAGCACCAACAAGACAAAGAAGACAAGUUAGACAAUCACCAUCUCAGUCCUCGCUCAGCAGCAACAAAAGUAGCACAAUACUCAAGCGAUCAGCAUUUGAGGAGCGUCAGACUCUUCUCCCAAAGCCCGAUGGACAGAGCCCAAAGCUUCAAAGGCAUGAGUCCCCCAACAUAAAAUCAAUGAAUGGCCAUGACAUUAAAGACAUAUCUAGCCCUAGCAGAGCAAGUAGAGCCAGCAGCAAGAACACAGUUUCUUCACCAACACGCAGUAUCAAUACCCCCUCAGAAACUGAGGGCCUUGAGCUGGAAUAUGAUGACUUUGUGGAAGAUGAUCCUCUUUCUUAUUUUGACUAUGAAGAAACACAGAAGCUAGCAUUCAGGGGAACAGAGAAAAUUGGAAGGACUCCAGUUGAAGAGGAAGAUGAGGAUGAAAACUUCAAGAAAAAUUUCUCUGUAAAAGAGCAUUUCAAGAUUGAGACUUCUGUUUAGUAGCGUCUUAGCAAAGAAACUAGUGUAAGUGACAGAUUUUUGUAUCUAAAAACUAGAUUGUGAAUAUGAAGUGGAUGGUUUAGUAAUGUCUUUAAAGUUGAUUAACUAAAAGUAGGUUAUAUAAAUAACUAAAAACAAUGUUUUAGUCAACUGAUUUUGUUUUUUGUUCAUUAUUUUAACUUCAAAAAUACUGCAGCACAGUACAUUGUAAAGAUCUUUAUUCUCUAUAAAUUUUAAUUAAUAUUUUUGAAAUCAUUAUAAAUAUUUGAUGAAGUUUAAUGAGACACUGAUAUGCUUUGAAAAUGUGAGCAUUGUUUUAGUGCCUUGUGCCUUGUAUUUCUUUAGGGUUGUGACAGUACAAAUAUAUUCAUUCCAAUAUAAAUACUGUAGAAAAGCUUAUGUAUCUUUAGGAUUUUAUGUUUUGUAUUGCCUUCUGCUCUGUAUAUUUAUUUUUUAUUUGUCUGUGUAUGUGUAUGCACAAAGCAAAAAUUUGGGCAUUGAGCAACAUCAGCACAGUUUAUACAAUUCAAUGACUUCUCUUGACAAAACAAAAUUAUGUAUACUAAAUUUGUAAAAAGAGAAACACUAUUUUUUAAAUGUUUUCAUAACAACAAAAAAAUAGUAUAGGUCAAUUUUAAAAAAAAAAGAAUAUCUCAAAAUUAUUGAUAAAAAAACAUAUUUAAUUUUUUUUUUAAAACUCAUAACCAGAUUAUAACUUGCAUGCAGGAAAGGCUUAAUUUAAAUCUGCAAGAAACUGUUAUGAAAGUGUAGUGUCAAAUAGAAUGUAAACAAUCUUUCAUUGACUCUGAACUCGAUAUUAAUUAAUUGUGAUCCAGUUUAACAGUUUAUGAAAUGGUGUAUCAGCAGACAGUUGUGGUAAUAGAUAUUCGAAGAUUGUUUGUUAAUGUAUUGUGGACUAGAAAGAUUGUGUAUGUAUUGUGGAGUAGAAAGUAUGGUUUGUCCAUCAUGGUUCCAUGAUGACCACUUUUUUCACCCAGGGUACUGAGUUCUUUGCACUGUGGUUUUGUGCCAUCUCAUGUGACUGGUUAAACACUGGGCAGGUUAUUCCAGCUGGAUCUAGAGUUAUUGGCCUUGCUUGUUUUCUCUGACGCCUUUCUUCUGCCAGUGCUGUUCACUUGUCCUCUGCAAUUUGUGUGCCCCAGUUUUCACAGAGUGAUGCCAUGAUGCUCUAUCAUGUGCUUCUGUCUCCCAGGCUGAUUGUUGAAGACUUUUAGAGAAGCUUUGAGGGUGUCCCUGAAGCAUUUUCUUUGUCCACCAUGUGAUUCUGUCUCCCAGGCUGAUUGUUGAAGACUUUUAGAGAAGCUUUGAGGGUGUCCCUGAAGCAUUUUCUUUGUCCACCAUGUGCUUCUGUCUCCCAGGCUGAUUGUUGAAGACUUUUAGAGAAGCUUUGAGGGUGUCCCUGAAGCAUUUUCUUUGUCCACCAUGUGAUUGCUUCCUUUUCUUUAGUUGACCAUAAAGAAUUCUUUUUAAGGAUGGGGGAGUCCUGCAGAUGUGGCCUGCAUCAGGAUUGUAUGGAUGCUUUUCAGGCCAACUCUUCAGAGGACUCAUUUCCAUUAUUUUUCUGAGGCAGAUCAUGUGGAAGUAGUUAAGUUAUUUUUGUGUGUAUCUUCUGUAUACGUCAAUGUUUCUGAGGCACAGAGCAACAUGGAGAGGAUAACAGCCAGAUAGACCCCAGGCUUAGUACUAGUGGUAAUGCCUCAUCUAUUUUAAUUAUUUUUAGACAAUCUACCAUAGGAUGCACUGGCCUUGGCGAUUCACAAGUCGAUUUCAUUAUCGAUGUUUCUGUUCCGUAAUGUAUGUUACCAAGGCAGGUGAAUAUGUCCACUGUAUCAAUGUCCUGUCCAUUUAUCUAUCUAUUUAUUUAUGGAUCAGAGUAGACUCUACCUGGCGCUGGAAAGUGUAAGACCUUAGUUUUUUUGUUUUUUUGUGUGUGUUUAUGGUGAUACUGAAGUUUGAACAUAAAAAGUAAAGUUCCCCUUUAGACCUUGCAAUCUAUAGGGCAGAUGAUGUUAAGGUCAUCUGUUUCUUUGGCCAACGGUUAACGAGCAGGGUGUCAUGUGGCCAGCACAACGACCAACCGCCUUUACUUUCCCCAACUAAAGUCAGGUACCCAUUAGAGUUGGGUGAACUCAGGGGCGCCCUAAAAAUCCAGAAAUUCAAAAUCCCAGUCUUCACCGAGAUUCGAACCCAGGACCCCAGGUUCGGAAGCCAAGCGCUUAACCACUCAGCCACCGUGCCCCCGAAGUUUGAACAUGCUCUUAAAAAUUUUAAGACAAUGCUUUGCAGAUCAGUUUCUGAAUGUAUUAUGGACUAGAAAGAGAUUUAAUUAAAACAUAUUUUUAUUAAAUGCUUUGAUUUUUAUGUUUGAUGCAGAGUGACUGGUAUAUUGUUUAUUACUAAAGAGAGUGAUGUGUUAAUCAUGUUCAAUUAUCAUAAGUGCAAAGAUUUGUAUGUGUAUGACAGAAAGAAGAAAAGCAUGACUACAUGAGAGGAUAGAGAGAGAGAUAGAGAAAGAUGAGUCAUAUUUUGUUGUUAAGUAUAAAACUAUAACGAGAAUUUCUAACAUCUUGUCAUUUUUUUUUUCUUUUACAACUUGGUUGCUAUUGCUUAUGUUUUUGUGAUUAUCAACAAAAUAUAAUUAUAAAUACAAUUGCAUUCAUUGUACUUAAAACAGCCAUUGAUCAAGACAUUGUAGAACACAGCUAUCUUUUUGAUGAUUGAACUUUUAGCUCUAAUAGAAAACUGGAAACAAUUUCUAGCUGAAAAUCAAAACAUUUCAGCCAGAGUAAGAGGAUUGAUGAAAUUCAUUUUCAAUGCUUAGGACAUGGAUCUGAAUUUAAUUGUGUUAAUAAUUGAAAAUGUUUUUAAAUAUUUUGUUACCAAAAUGUGCAUAUUCAGUUUUCUUCUGAGAUAACCUGCUCUAUUUUUUGCUUGAGUGUCUGCAGAAACAAAUUUUUUUUUAAAGCUAAGAACAAUGGUGACACAUAAUUUUUUUAACUUUUUUAUAAAAAAAUGAGGUCAACAUAUUUAAUUGUUUCAAAGUUUCACUAUUCUUUGUUUUAAAUUGCAUUUUUGUUCAAAAAAGAUCCCAUCAAAUCAAUUAUAAUAUUUUGUUAGCUGUUUGAGUUUGACUAUAACAUUAUAUAUUGUAAGAUUGUAUAUUUUAUUGUAAGAAAUUAGACCUAUCAGAAUAGCUUGAAAAGAAUAUAGGACCUAUGAAAAUAGCUUGAACAGAACAUAGGACCUAUCAAAAUAGCUUGAACAGACUAUUGAAAUAAAUAACACAAUGAAAGCCUUGAAUACAUUACAGAGCAGUCUGCUAUUCCUAUUAUUAUCUGCUCUACAGCUAAGGUCAAGGUUGCAGCUAGUGUUAGAGAAUAUUAUUAAAAACUGUUUUAAUAUCUAAUACUUCCUACAUUAGUACACUGUCAAUUGAUUUAGUUCCUAGAAUCAAAGAGUUCCUACUCCCCAAGUUGCUAUAUAAUCAUUAAAACAGCUCAUAUGUUUCGAGUGGAAAAGAAAUAUUUCCUUACUCUGAAUAUUGUGUACAAAAUAUUGGUUUAACAUUAUCAUUGUAAAGAUUUAAUGCAAAAUUUAUAUGUAAUUUGUACAUUUUUACAAAGCAAUUUACACCAAUAGACCCACAAUGACUUUUUACUAUUUUGUUUUUAUAAUAAAUUGUUUUGGCCUUUAUUUAAUUGUAAUGUCAUUUCUUUUUUGUUGAAUAAAUUUGUUUUAUUAAUGAAAAAAAAAGUUUUCAUAGAAACAGUUAGAUAUUGGUGUAUGUUUACUGUCAGACUUAGCAGAGAUUGUAGACCUAUUCAUUGACAUUUCACUUUCAUAUCCAAGUGUC